AUGGGAGCGGAGCAGAGCGCGGAGGCCGAGGGCCGCCUGGGCGAGCCCAGCGCCUCAGCAUCUCCAUCGCCAGCCAAGCAACGAGCAAAAAUGGAUGACAUUGUGGUGGUAGCCCCAGGAACGCAAUCCUCCCGGAAUGUCAGCAAUGAUCCAGAUGUCAUAAAACUGCAGGAAAUUCCAACUUUCCAGCCCCUUUUGAAAGGGCUCCUCAGUGGACAGACCUCUCCGACCAACACCAAACUGGAAAAGCUGGACCCCCAGCAGGUGCUGCAGCUGUGUCUCCGGUACCAAGAUCAUCUUCACCAGUGUGCAGAAGCGGUCGCCUUUGAUCAGAACGCGCUCGUGAAACGCAUCAAGGAGAUGGACCUCUCUGUGGAAACUCUUUAUAGCUUCAUGCAGGAGCGCCAGAAGAAGUAUGCCAAGUAUGCGGAGCAGAUCCAGAAGGUCAAUGAGAUGUCUGCCAUCCUCCGCCGUAUACAGAUGGGCAUCGACCAGACGAUCCCGCUGAUGGAGCGGCUGAACAGCAUGCUGCCGGAGAGCGAGAGGCUGGAGCCCUUCAGCAUGAAACCCGACCGGGAGCUAAAGUCUUAGCUGAUCCGGCAGGCUCCCCCUCCUCACCUUCCAUGCUCCAGCGUUCAGCACAGACGCUCUUCCAACGGGCUGGGCUGGCAGAUGUUUGGAGCGGACGGCAGUGCUGCCUGACUCUCUGCCAGGGCAUCGGAGGAAGAGCAGCGUCAGCUGCCAGAACUGCGCAGCCAGGAAUCCAGGAGCUCCCUGGUCCCGUCGUCUGGAGGAGAAGAUGAUUUACCAUUCUUUCAUCUCCCUCCUCUUGCCCUCCUGUCUCCUUUACCACUACCACCGCCCGUGCCGAGACAUUUGUUUCAUUGCUGUGACUAGAUUGGGGUUUACAGAGGAGUUUUUCUUUCAUCUGAUUUUUUUUUUUAACUAGAAAAAUUCAAAGGGAUACAGGGUGUGACAGAUGCUCUAACAUGGCUUCUGUGCCACUGGGGUUUAGAUGAUUAGAUGGCUGGCAGGUAUUUCUGAGAUCCCCUGGCCUUGGAAAUACGUGUGUUUUAUAGGUGAAAGUGCGGGAGCAAGGAACUGGCUUAUUAAAAUCUGCCUAUUAUCAUAAUUAACAUGGUUUGCAUGGCAGGGUUUUGGCAUGCCCUCCUCGAGGCUCCUGUUUUUAUGGGCUCGCUAAUUUAUGAGGCUGUAAAGGAAUAACUGUUCCAGAUAUGUACGUCUGCUAACGUUAAGCAAGCCUUAGUGUUCCUCUCCCCCUUGCCUUGGCAAUGUCCCCAUGCCCCAGCUGGUGGCAUUUUGUGUCCCUCACCUUGCACAGUGAUUCUGACAGGCACUGGCACUGACCUGCUCACUUUGCAUCCCAAAGUUGGACACAAGGUGUCAUUUUUAUUGGGACACUCUAGUUAUCUUGGUGCUGUCUUUUUCUACCAGAGGGAUGCAGUUGUUUCUUUACCUUCAAGUGUAUGGAGUUGGAGGAGGGAAGAUACGAGAAGCCCUUUAGAUCUUCUCCUCGGCUUAGCUGCCAUCAUGCCGAGAGCUUGCCUGAGCGCGGUGUUUAAUGACUGAAACCCCAUGGCCCUUUGGGACCGCGCUCAGCGAACUGCUCCAAAGGCAACAGGACGUUCUUGCCUUCUCCCAAGCCGAGGGCCUAGCUGGAAGGCAGGCAGCGUGUCCGUGCUGCCCGGGCGCUGGCCUGGCCCGUAGCAGAUGGGUUGGUUGCCAAGUCCGCCACUGCUCUGCUGGCUGCAGGCAAGUUGCAGCACCUUUCUGAGCUUUGGUUUCUCCCUGUAUAAAAUGGGGGGAUAUUCUACACGCUGCUGUAAAAAUAUUUACGAAUCUAGAAAUGUUUAACAGCCUGCGUCACCAUUGCGUGGCAGCUCUUGUCUGCAGCAGAAAGGGCAUGAAACCAGAAGCGAGGAGUUUGCUGGGUCAAGGAUAAGUUUGUGUGUGUUUAUGUUAGUUCCAGGAUGCUGUUGCUGGCGACGAGGCAGAAGUGUGCCCGUGAACCCCAAGGGUUGUUGUACAUCAGGAGCGCAAUUCCAGUGGUGAGGACAGCUGUCUGAGAGAGUCAGUGUGACAACCCAUCUUCCAGUACAGCACAAGGCUAGGUGACUUGCCAAAGGUGACUUGCUUCGAUAUCUCUUAGUACUUAAGGGUAUGUAAUCAGCAAAAGAUGGUCUCUAAGCAUUUGGGAGUAAGAGCAAGGUAGGUUUUUGACAGUAUUAAUUGCUGCCUGGUGGCAGGAAGCAACAGCCGCGUUCUGUUGUUGCAUUCCCAAAGGCCGUGUAGCCUAGGGUGAAUUUUGUGACGCAGACUGCAGCCGACUUAGAUGUGUAUCUGAACCGUAGCAGUGAUAGGACCCCAGGGCCUGCUGGACGCUGUCUGAAAGCAGGGUCCCAUAGAAAUGAAGCCCCCUGGAAUGAUGCCCGAGGAACAGCGAUUGACUGCUUGAGAAGAGGGCAGGGAACGCAGCAGAUUUUCUAGUAAAGGCAGCAGAGCGGUCCUGGUUGUCUACUGCUUCCACCCCAGAGUUGUUACAUAGUUGUAUAUACAUACGUGUAUGCUGUAUGUUGCACGGGAUAUAACAUCAGGCUUCCAUCCUUGCUCAUGCGUCCUGCAGUAUUUUGCACUUGGCUUGUUAAAAGCUUACAUGAGACUUAAGCAGGUUUUCAUGGGCUGUUGUCAUAGCCAUGGCCAUGAGGGUCCUCAUUGUCCAUCACUGAAUAUGUCUCUGCCUCCGGCCAUCAGACACACCAGAAUAUUCAGCGGCUUUAAAUAGCAGCUGCAGGCGUUUUUGUCCUCCUCGUCCAGAUGAUGCUGUCUGGAAAUUUAGAAUGUGCAACAUUCAGCCGUCUGCCAGACGGGAUCAUAGAUAUCCCACACCCUGGCGUGCUGGAAGCCUAUACCAGUGGGAAGAUCCCGAUAUUGGAUCUUGAGGCAGGGGCUAGGCUGCAGAUGCUCUCUCCUGUAAAGCUUCUAGGCAUUUGGCCUCAAGCUAUUAAGUAUCAGAUCAAAGCAUUGCUCCGUGUGGUGCUAAUGAGGGCAGGCGAAUAGUGUUCCUGUCUUGAAAGCUGCAGGAGCGAGGGCUGCAAAUCGGUCCCUUCCUUAGUUGCUGUAGAACACCUAGACAUUGGGCUGAUAAUGGGAAAAAAUGCUUCUUCCUAUGAACACCCGCCUUUAAGGUUGUGGAUGUGCUGCUGGGCCUCCCAGCUGGAACUUUCUGAGCAGAAGGGUAAGUUGUAAAAAACGGCAAUAGCGUGACUAGAAAGAAAUCAGAGUUGAAACGUGAAGGUUGAUCUCUUCCAAAGCACGCAGGUCAUCACCCUCACUCCCCAGGAGAUAGUCUCUUGCAUGGGUACUGUCAGGUAAUGUGCACCCUCUAACUGUUCUCAAACGAUGGUUUACAGUUUUAUUUAAAACAUUGUCACUGGCUUCGUUAACUCCAAGUCUUUGGACCUCUUGCUGAGGGGA